GGCGUUUCUUGCUACCCAGACAAGAUAUUUUAAUUCAUAGUGUCAAAUAUUGAGAAAUGUCGAAAAAAUUUUCAAAAAAAUGAUGUAUUUGGCUUAGGGCCAAAUAUGUGCUAUAUUAAUUAUAACUAUCCAAGGACGUUACCUAUGAACCAAUACCAAAUUAAAAAACUGAUUAAGGACGGAAAUUUGGAGAGUUUGGAAGAAAAGUUACUGAAUGGCGAAGGCUAUAAAUUAAUUGGACACUAUUCAACAAAUCCUAAAAUCAAAGCGUUUUUGCAAUCAGUUCCGAUUUAUUUAGCCCGUAUGGAGAUGCUGCAAGAUUCUGCCUGUAAGGGAAAUUUAAGAGAUAUGCAAGUAUUAUUAGAGAAUGGAAACACGUCAAGAAAUGUUUAUAAAAUUCCUCCUGAAAAAUUAGUUUGCAGUAAAGAUUUAAAUGGAGUAACUAUAUUGCAUAAAGUCAUAUAUUAUGACUUUUUAGAUAUUGUCGAGUGGCUCGUGAAAAAUUAUCCACAAACUGUUCAUAUUAAAGAUAAAACUUUAAGGAUUCCAUUGCAUUAUAUAUGUUCCUGUUCAGAAGUUUCACGGGUUUGGGAUUUACUGUUAGAAGCUGGUGCUGAUCCUAACUCAUUGGAUAUAAAUAAUAAAACGCCAACUUAUUAUUUAGAGUAUAGUGAAAAUAUUACAUUGCCAAAUAAUUAUAAAAGUGAUGGUUCAGAUCAAGAGGUUCCUAUUAAAGCUUCUAACAUUCGAAUAUGGAUACACGAACGUAACAUAAAACAGCUUUCAAAGGUUAUUUGGUCUGGACUGGGAGAUAAGUUGUUGACUGAGACUAGCAAACAAACAACAGUGAACAAGUUUUUGAAAGCGGUACCCUAUAUAAUGGGCAUUAUCAAGGAAAUCCAUAAAGCUGUUAUUGACGAUAAUCUUGAGUUAUUGAAAAAAUUGAAUCGUGAUCCUGUUCCUAUAGACGUUUUAGCUAGUAAAGACAAGAAUGGAUUAACUCCAUUACAUAAGGCAGUAGGGCUGGGUCGUCUAAGUAUUGUAGAUUAUAUAAUAAAUAAAAAUCCUAAAACUGUGAAUAUAAGAGAUAAUGAUGGAAGAACACCUUUACAUUAUGCUUAUAUUUCUCCACCGAAACAUAUUAUACCUAUGUAUAACAGACUCGUUAAAGCAGGAGCAAAUGAAAAUGUGAUUGAUAAGAAUGGUAAAACUCCUAAAAAUAAUGGUGUGAAGAUAAGUGACAUUCCCAAUGAUUUAUUAAUCAUUUUACCAAAAGCACCAAGAAUCGCAUCCGAGUUUCCGGCUUCUUGGGAUUGGAAUAUUUUCUAUGAGCCUGUUGAAAAAACUGUAAAAAAACUGAAUUCUAAAAAUACACUAACUCAAGAAUCUAAAAUACAAACUAAUUCAACUACCAGUGGUACAACAAAAAAAAAUCCAACAAAUAUUGAUUAUACCGGCAACGCUAAAAUCACAAAUUAUGUGGAAGAUAUUGACAAUAUUAAUAUUGCAAAAUAUAAUGCUGAAAUUACAAAUAAUGUUGAAAAUAUCAAUAAUACUAAUGAUGUUGAUACAACUGAAAUAAAAUAUCCUAAAAAUAAUAAUUCUUUAAAUAUUCAAUCAGAACCAUUAAAAAUUGAUAAUAAUAUUGAUAAUAGUGAAAAUAAUGAUCUUAAAAACAGAGGUAACAAUUUUAUUUCUUUAUACUCCCGAUCGGAAUUUCAAGACAUUGACGAUGUUGAUAAUAAUGAAUAUCAAAAAAAUAAUAACUCUGAUAAUGAUAAUGGAUAUGAAAAUUAUAUUUCAUUAUAUAAAAAAUCAGAAUUUCAAGACAUUGAUGGUACAAAAAACAUUGUUUCAAAACCGAAUAGUCUUACACUGGGUGAGGUUAGACAAGCAUUGAAUAAUGGGUUGCUGGAAGACUUUUUACCUAUAAACGGCCGGAUAUAUAAAGAUAAUAGCUUAAAUGAUACUAAUAAAAUAGAAUAUACUGGUAAUAACCUAUUGAAGUCUACUAAAAAUGAGGAACGUAUAAACUCAGCUCAAAUAAUAGUAAAACAAGGUAGCUUAGAACAAAUUGCUGACUACAUUUUAGAUGGUAAAUAUGAAAAACUCGUAGGAAUAACUUCAAAGAAUCCAGAAAUCCAAGAUUUUCUUGAUAAAAUUCCAUUUUAUGCAAAUAAAAUUGAUCAAAUUCAUCGUUACUGUGCUGUAGGAGACUUAGAUGAACUAAUUCAGCUUCUAGAUCGAAAGAAGUUCUGUUUAGCUCGUGAAUCUAGAAGUGGCUUAGGCUUAACUCCUUUACAUACAGCAGUUAUCUAUGAACAAUUUGAUGUGUUUGGAUACCUAACGGAUAAGUUUCCAGAAACUUUAAAAUUGAUUGACUUGCAAGGAUGGACUGCAAUCGAUUAUAUAAAUUGUAUGCAAGAUAAGACAUUUAUAGACAAAUUGUUUACAGAAAGUAAUUUAGAGGAAUUUCAAGCUGAUUACCAAACGGCACCAACUUUUGGAAAAUGUGAUGUCACAUUUGAUCCAGAGAAGAUACGUAAAACUUUAGGUUACGUAACAUAUAACACAGAAACGGUCGACAAGGAAAAUAUUGAUGCAAAUAUGGACAGAUCUUCUAGUAGCUCUGGAAAAUUACUCUCGGUGGUUAUGAGUGCAAGUCAAUUUUCCGCCGAGGACAGAGAAUACUUGAUUAAAGCUAUCGGAAAACCUCUUUCUUCUGGUUUGAAGGAACUUAUAAAACGCAGACCAUCUAAUCCUACUCUUUACUUAGCUGAACAUUUGACUAACCAUUACGAUGAUCCGCAAUUAGAUCAAGAAAGCGGAGUUUUGCAACCCAGAGUUCAGACACACGGUAUAUUAAAUGAAGAUCAGCCUCAGGUUUCUGAAAAUAUGUUUAGACCUUGGGAUGUAUUCAACAACUAUCAGCCAGAAUUUAAAAAAAUUAGUCGUGAUGAAUUUGGAAUGAACAUGAUUCAUUAUGCUGCAUCUAGAACACAUAACCGCAAUGCAUUCUUUCAAUUGUUGCAAGAACUUGAUGCGAAUAUUGCACUUCGAGAUGAAUAUUAUAGAACUCCGAGGGAUAUUGCGAUGAGUUCGAAUAUUAGAGAAAAUGUGAAAACUAUUGAUAAGUUCGUGGUUCAUAUUAUAGCUAGAGGCGAACACAACAAAUUAAUACAACUUUUAUUGGAAGGGUAUAACCAUAUUUUGGAUUUGAACACAGAUAAAGACAUUUUUGCAUUACCAUUAAGUAGAGGUCACUCUCAUGUAUCAGUUAUCCUUAAAAGCAUACCGACGUUUGAAGAAAAACGAAAGCGACUACAUCGGGAAAUAUUUUCGGGUGCCCAGGGUAAAGUUGAAGAAAUAUUGAAAGAGCGUAAUGACGAGUGUGUCAUGUUAGCUAUGGCGAAAAAUGAACGAAGUCGAUGCAGUUUACAUAUCGCUGUACUAAGUCAAAAUGAAGAAAUCUUACGAUUAAUUGCGGAAAACUUUCCUACUACAUUAUUUGUGCUUGAUAAUAUUGAACGAACAGCAUUGCAUUAUGCUAUGUCUGUAGAUCAAGUGGAAAAAAUGAGUACAAUUUUAAUUGGAAAUGGUGCCAAUCGUAUAGCUAAAGACCUGAAAGGCAGACAAUGUAGCUAUUAUUUUAUGAAUAAAUUAGAUAUUCGCAAAAUGUUGGAAGAAGAGGAUCAAUUACGGAUGUAGUUACUUUCUU